AUGGUGAAGCUCGAGGAAAUCGUACGCCCCAACAUCCUUGGGCUCGAGCCCUACCGGUGUGCUCGGGACGACUUCAAAGAAGGCGUGUUGCUUGACGCUAACGAAAACACCCACGGCCCCGCGUUGCACACGGUGUCCAAGGACGAGGACUCCUUGGAGCUCAACCGCUACCCUGACCCUCACCAGGUGGAAUUGAAGCAGCAGAUUUGUGACUACCGUAACGCUAGCCCCAAUCCUAAGGGCAAGGCCGACUUGGUGCCGGAAAACUUGUGUCUUGGGGUCGGUUCCGAUGAACUGAUUGACUUGUUAAUUAGAUGUACUUGCGCUCCCGCUAAAGAGAAGAUGUUGGUGUGUCCUCCUACUUACGGGAUGUACGGUAUCUGUGCUACUAUUAACGAUGUGGAGGUGGUUAAAGUGCCGUUGAACUAUCCUUCUUGGAGUCUUGACAUCGACGGCAUUGUUGCUAAAGUCGCUGCCGAACCGGUGAAAUUGGUCUACAUCACCUCCCCCGGUAACCCCGUGGCCAAAUUGGUUGAUGUUAACCAAGUGGUGGAGCUUGCUGACCGCCUUCAAGACCACCCCGUGCUCGUGGUGGUGGACGAAGCCUAUAUCGAUUUUUGCGAACCUCUGGCCCUGUGUUCGACUCUCGUCAACACUUACGACAAUAUUGUGGUAUUGCAAACUCUUUCUAAAGCGUUUGGCUUAGCCGGUAUUCGGUUAGGGAUCACCUAUGCCCCGAAACAAUUGUCACGCUACCUCAACGCGAUGAAGUGGCCUUAUAACAUCUCGCUGUUGACGUCGCUGGUGGCAUUGCGGGCAACCAGUACUGAGGGGCUUGUGACGAUGAAGAAGUAUAAGGAUCUGAUCAUCAACCAACGCACCAAGCUCUGUGCUGCUUUUGAUAAGCUUGACGGUGUUGGUCGCAAUAUUGGUGGGCUUGAUGCCAAUUUCGUGCUUUACGAGAUCCUCAACAAGGACGGUAAGCCGGAUAACGUGGUUGCUGAACAGGUAUACAAGAAGCUUGCCGUUGAUAAUGCGGUGGUGGUGCGGUUCCGGGGUAAGGAACUUAAUUGUGAAGGGGCUCUCCGGUUCCUGAUUGGUCAACAACACGAAAAUGACGAGUUGAUUAAGCGGUUGACUCAAGUGUUGGCCGAAGUUCGUGGGUGA